UCUUCGCGCUGGCGGUGCGCUGACGGCUGCGGCCAGGGAAUUUCGAAUGAGGUUGAGGGAGAAGGCGGCGCGGAGGAAAGAGGAGACGGGGAGGAAGGAGACUGGAACGACGGCGGCGAAGUAAAGCCUCCAUUAAGCAUCUCCUGUGACCACGAUGACAGAAGUUGGUUCAGAAACAGAAGCAAAGCAGUUGGAAACAAAUGCAGCAAAGGAAGAUGCUGGGGAUGCACUGCAAACUCAAAAGAAGCAGGAGCGUGAAAUAGCAGAAGGUUCUCUUCCCCAGAACCCACCUAGCCAAAGUAGCCCUAGAAGUUCAAAGAAGGAAAAGGAUCCAUCUGAAAGCAAGGGUAUUGGUCGCUUCCUCCCACCCUGGCUUAAGAAACAAAAGUCAUACAGCUUAACAGAACCCAAAGAUGAAGAUAAAAAGAAACCAUUGGCAGUAGCAGAGGAGGGUGAAUGUCCUCUUCCAGAAGAGGCAGCUCAGCCUAAGGAAAAGCUGGAAGGCUUUACUGAGAAUCGCCGAGAAGCUAAAGGGGAUGGCAAAGAAGAUGAGAAAGAUUCUGAUAGUAGUGCUGAGACACAGCCUGCAAAAGAAGACAGUAAAGAUAUUGUUUCUGAAGAAAAGAAAGACCAACAAGGGACAGAGGAAAGCAAAAUGGAGACCAAAGAAGUACAGACAGCUGAAGUUGAAAUUGAGAAAGCUGUUCAGAAAACUCCUAAGAAGAUCAGAACAGUCCAGUGUAAAGUGGUACUAUUAGAUGGCACAGAAUACAGCUGUGAACUUGAGAAAAAAGCUAAAGGCCAAGUGCUGUUUGACAAGGUGUGUGAACAUCUCAAUUUACUGGAAAAGGAUUACUUUGGCUUGCUGUUUCAAGACCACUCUGAUCAGAAGAAUUGGCUUGAUCCUUUAAAGGAAAUCAGGAGGCAAAUUCGAAAUUUACCAUGGCUAUUCAUGUUUAAUGUGAAAUUUUAUCCACCUGAUCCUUCACUGUUAACAGAAGACAUUACCCGGUACUUUCUAUGCUUACAGCUUCGUCAGGAUAUAACUUCUGGCCGUCUACCCUGUUCGUUUGUGACUCAUGCUCUCCUUGGUUCAUAUACUCUGCAAGCUGAACUAGGUGACUAUGAUCCAGAGGAGCACAACAGUGAUUAUAUUGGGGAAUUCCAGUUUGCACCCAACCAGACAAAAGAGAUGGAGGAGAAAGUAGUAGAGUUGCACAAAACACACAGAGGUUUGACUCCAGCACAGGCAGAUUCCCAGUUCUUAGAAAAUGCAAAAAGGCUUUCUAUGUAUGGAGUGGAUUUACAUCAUGCCAAGGAUUCAGAAGGUGUGGACAUCAUGCUUGGUGUGUGUGCCAAUGGGCUACUUAUUUACAAGGACAGACUCCGAAUAAACCGUUUUGCCUGGCCCAAAAUUUUGAAGAUCUCUUAUAAACGCAGCAAUUUCUACAUCAAAGUUAGGCCAACUGAGCUGGAACAGUUUGAGAGUACUAUUGGGUUCAAGCUGCCAAAUCAUCGGGCUGCAAAGAGAUUAUGGAAAGUUUGCGUGGAGCAUCAUACUUUUUAUAGACUGUUAUCACCAGAACAACCUCUAAAGGCCAAGUUCCUGACAUUGGGGUCAAAGUUCCGCUACAGUGGACGUACUCAAGCACAGACACGUCAAGCUAGCAACCUCAUAGACAGACCUGCUCCUUACUUUGAGCGUACCUCAAGCAAACGUGUCUCCAGGAGUCUUGAUGGUGCUCCAGUAGGUAUCACAGACCACAGCCUACUUAAGGACUUCUCUGCUACAGCUGGUGGUAGGAGUUUUGAAGCUGCUGGAGAAUCCAAAUUAAAAGAUGGAGAUGGUAGAGAUGAGGAUGGCAGCAUAGCUAAAAUGCCACAGUUUGAAGACGGAAAGACGGAGACAGAAGAGGAAGAAAUUCAGAAGCAGACAUAUCCCUUGAAAGUAGAUGGGGAAAAUAUUUAUGUCAGACAUAGCAAUUUAAUGUUGGAGGACCUGGAUAAGAGCCAGGAUGAAUUACUGAAGCAUCAGGCUAGCAUUAGUGAACUCAAGCGCAAUUUUAUGGAAUCCACACCUGAGCCACGCCCAAAUGAAUGGGAAAAGCGUCGUAUCACACCUCUGUCUCUACAGGCACAAGGGAGCCUAGAAGAGGAGAUAGCAUCAAUUUUAUUUAGUAAAGAGAGUUUUUCCAGUAGUAUGAAAACUGCCUUCGCUUCAGCUACCUUGUGGACAGCAGAGGGCACUGUUGUGAAAGAUAAUGUACCUUCUGAAAAGCUUUCUGCUUCACCCUUCUCUCAGCUGCCUGAGAAAUUGGUUCCCAAAACAGAAGGGCCUCUCACUGGAACCAGCAGGACUAUUAAGAGUUCACAUGAGACUCUGAAUGUAGCGGAGAAGAAGCAGGCAGAGGUUGGGAUAGAAGAGACAGUAGUCACAGAUGAUACCCAAAGGGGCAAAUUACAAGUUAUCUCUGGUGGGGAAACUCAGAAGAUGAAGCAUCUCUCAAAAAAGGAUUCUUCCUCGUCAUCAGACAGCAGCAGUAAUGAAAGUGAAGAUGAAGUAGAGUAUCAGCCUCAUCAUCAAAUGACUCCGGAAAUCUUAAAAGAAGAGCUAGAAGAGAAUGAAGAUGUCAACGACAAAGAAGAUCACAAGACACAAGAAGUAGAGUAUCCAGAAAUUUCACAAGAAGUCAGCCAGGUUAAAGUAACAAUUGAGCAUGCACAACCAACAGAAGCUUUGGUCCAGACAAAUGAUGUACCCACAAAGAUAUCUGGAGAGAAAAGCUUAAUAAAAUGGAAUGAGCAAGACCCAGAAAAAGAGAGGGAGGAAGAACAGCUCAAACUAAAUGGAGAGGCAUCACAUAUUGACAUUGAUGUGUCACCACAAAUAAUUUGUUGCUCUGAGCCUCCAGUGGUUAAAACUGAGAUGGUGACCAUUUCAGAUGCUUCACAAAGAACUGAAAUCUCCACUAAGGAAGUACCAAUUGUUCAGACAGAGACUAAAACAAUCACGUAUGAAUCCCCCCAGUUUGAUGGUGGUAGUGAUGCUGGUGUGCUGAUGAGUGCUCAGACGAUCACAUCAGAAUCUGUUUCUACAACUACAACCACACACAUCACUAAGACAGUGAAAGGUGGUGUGUCAGAAACCAGAAUCGAAAAACGGAUUGUUAUCACUGGAGAUGCAGACCUUGACCAUGAUCAGGCAUUGGCACAAGCCAUUAAAGAAGUCAAAGAGCAGCACCCUGACAUGUCCGUAACCAGAGUAGUAGUGCAUAAGGAAACUGAUGUAGCAGAGGAAGGAGACUAAGAAUUAUGAAGAGUUAUUUGUGAAUGAGAACUUUGAUCACUCCAAGUUGGUAUUUCCAUCACUGAUUUACUAAAUUCUCGACGGCGGGAAACAAUGACUAGACAUCUCUAUAAUGAACUGCCAACACCAAACUGUAUCUUCUCUGGUCCUUUACCAUUUACUACUUUAUUUUUAUAACCACUUUUUAACAUUCUUGGCUUUUUUAUGAAGGUUAGAGAUUUAUUAUUUUUUUUGCACAACUCCCUGUCAUUUUUAUAUAACUAAUUUCUUGAUCGCAUGAAAGCAAACAAAAGCAAACAAAAAUAUUUAGUAAUCACUGUUCACUUGAGCAAGUGAAAAAUGUGGGAAAGACAGACUGACUAAUUUAGAUAUAACCUUUUCAGAAUCUUACUGGAAUAAUUUAGAUACAAUCUUUUCAGAAGUUCUUACUGGAAUAAUUUACAGAGUAUUUUUUCCAGAUUACUUGGGUAAAUAAAAUGUGUCGAAUAAUAUAAAAAGUACACUCUUUUAUUAAAAAAAUUUAAGCUUUCCUAUAACUUGGAAGUAAAUUAAGAAUUUCACCUGGACUUAUAUGGAUUUUUAUAUAAACUCCUUAUAACUUUCUCUGUUCUGAGGGUCUCCCACUUUCUAUGGGGAACUGGUGCUGAUAUAUUAUAGAAGAGAGGGAGUUACAAAGAAAUUUCUACUGAAUGAGCUCCAUUCUAGUAAUGUUUUUGCACUGCUGUUCAGCUCCUUCAUGGACACUUUGUAGUCUGCAACAUUCCAGAUAAGGUUGGAAGGACUUGCUCUCUUCCCUUCCAACAGAGAUAAUUUAGGCAGCUUAAAACCUUAGUGCUUUUCUCUUAACAUGUUAAAUGUCAAGCACUUCCAUUAUAUAAUAUAUGUGCAGAAUGCUUGCAUUAUAUUAAAACUCAUUUACAUGUUACAACUAACACUUCUGUUAAGCAGUUUUACCUGUUUCAAUUAGUUUUCCUGACCUGCACAGGUUUUAAGGACAUUGUGGAACCAGAGGUGCAUGCUUGGGACCAUUCUUAUAAGCAGUAUGAGAACCAUCUCUGUGUGAUGAGGCUGCCAAUGAAGAAGUCUGUAUGAAAACCUGUUAACUGUCCUUUCCCUCCACUGUUCACUAUGUGUAUAGUUGAUGCCAUAUUAAAUAUGAAGCAAUUUCAGGUUGUAUUAAGUGAUAUUUUGCUUUAUGUAACACCAUUAUAAAAUAAAGUUUGUUUAUUCUCUAAA